ACCCGUAAUAGACCAUGUGCAGGGAUUGACAUGCCAUCCAGUCCCACAAAAAAACAACCAUCAGCAGAUAUGGCAUCAGGCCGGAGAAAAUCUAGGACUCAGCUGUGGUUGCUGUCCACACUGGCUCUGGUUUUCUUGACUUCUCAGGCUGAUGGAGCUCAAAUGUUGGUGAUGUCUGCCCCUAAUGUCUUGCGAGUAGGAAGAAUGGAAAACAUCUUUGUGGAGUGUCAAGACUGCAGCAGUGAUGAUGAUGUUUUAGUUGAAAUCAGUGUAAUGCAGUUUCCAACCAAAGCCAAACGUUUUGCAUCAGCAUCUGUGAACCUUACAAAGACAAAUAAAUUCCAAGCCUUUGGAAAAAUUAAGAUCCCUGAUGGAGACUUCAGUAAAGAUCCCUACCUUAGUCAGCAUGUCUACCUGCAAGCUCGGUUUCCAGAUGUGGAACUGGAGAAAGUCAUAUUGGUUUCCUUUCAGUUUGGUUACAUCUUCAUUCAGACUGACAAAACACUGUACACCCCCAACAGCAAAGUUCAUUACAGAAUAUUUGCUCUGACACCUCACAUGGAAGCUGUUCAGGGGGACUUUGAAACCAAAACUGAUGUAUCCAUUGCCAUUGACAUUGUGACUCCUGAGGGCAUAAUUAUAACACUUGGCCAAGUCUCUGUAAAGUCUGGGGUUUACUCUGGUGAUUACCAACUUGGUGAAAUUGUCAGUCCCGGACUCUGGCAAGUAGUAGCAAGGUUCCACAGCAAACCACAGAUGAGUUUCUCCGCAAAGUUUGAGGUUAAAGAAUAUGUGCUGCCCAGUUUUGAAGUCAAAUUGAUACCCAAGAGCUCCUUCUUCUACGUCAAUAGUGAAGCUUUAACAAUCAGCAUCAAAGCUACGUAUAUGUUUGAUAAAAUGGUUGAUGGCUCAGCCUUUGGAGUAUUUGGGGUUGAGCAUGAGGGUCAAAAGAAGAGUUUCCCCAGCUCUCUUCAGCGAGUGGUGAUUGAAAAAGGUGAUGGAAGUGUCACACUUAAGAGAGAGCACGUCACACAGACCUUCCCAAACGUCCUUGACUUAGUUGGAAGUUCCAUAUAUGUAGCUGUCAGCGUGCUCACAGACAGCGGAAGUGAGAUGGCUGAAGCAGAAUUGAAAAAUAUCCCGAUAGUCACAUCACCCUACACCAUCCAUUUCAAGAAAACGCCCAAAUUUUUCAAACCAGGAAUAUCCUUCGACGUGUCGAUAGAAGUUACGAAUCCUGAUGGCACUCCAGCACAAGGCGUCCCCUUGGUAAUGGAUAAAGAUGAGGUGGAAGGAAUUACUGCAGCCAACGGUGUGGCAAUGCUCUCCAUCAAUACAGUAAAAAACUCUGAACCACUGACCAUCACCGCAAAGACCACAGAUCCUAAUAUUGCCCUUGAAAUGCAAGCCUCAGCCAGCAUGACAGCCCUGCCUUACAGCAGCAGCAACAACAAUUACAUCCAUAUAGGGAUGGGCAGACCUGAGGUAACCUUAGGGGACAACCUAAAAAUCAACCUCAACUUCAACCAGCGGGAGAAUGCUCAAAAUGAUAUCACAACACUGAUCCUGAGCAGGGGUCAGCUAGUGAGGUUUGGCCGUUACUGGACCAGAGGUCAGACAUUACUGUCGUUGAUAAUUCCCAUCUCCAAAGACAUCAUGCCGUCUUUCCGCAUCAUAGCCUACUACCACACACCCGAAAAUGAAGUUGUCUCAGACUCUGUAUGGGUGGAUGUGAAAGAUUCCUGCUUGGGCUCAUUGAAAUUAGAACCAGUCAAUCCUGCUGUGUAUUAUGAGCCUCGCAAGAUGUUUGGUCUGAAGGUCACUGGAGAUCCAGGGGCCACAGUGGGACUGGUGGCAGUGGACAAAGGUGUCUACAGCCUAAACAACCAGCAUCGCCUCACUCAGAAAAAGGUGUGGGACACUGUGGAGGAAUACGACACUGGCUGCACACCAGGUGGUGGGAAGGACAGUAUGAGUGUGUUUUAUGAUGCUGGGCUGGUGUUUGAGUCAAACACUGGUGGCGGGACCCCUUACAGAGAAGGGUUAAAAUGUCCAGCUCCCAGCAGAAGCAAACGAACCACAGAUAUGAUGAAUAUUACAUCUAGCCUAGUAAGCCAAUAUGAAGAUGAACUCCAACGUGAGUGUUGUUUGGAUGGCAUGAGGGACACUCCGGUUUCAUACCCCUGUGAGAGACGCAGUGAGUACAUUGUGGACGGUGCAGCCUGUGUCCAAGCCUUCCUGCACUGCUGUGAGGAGAUGGAAAAGCAGCGAGCCGAGAAAAGCAAGGACAGCCUCAAGCUGGGUCACAGUGAGGAAGACAACAACAGCUACGUGGACACUAAUGAAAUAGUUUCCCGUACCAACUUCCCUCAAAGUUGGCUGUGGACAGAAUUCAAACUGCCCAUUUGCUUUAAUUACAACUGUGAGUCGUCAUCAUUCCAAAAACGGUUUCCUUUGCAAGAUUCAAUCACAAAGUGGAUGUUCACUGGUAUUAGUCUGUCAAAUACCUUAGGUAUCUGUGUUGCUGAACCAUUAGAGGUCAUUGUGCGAAAGAAUUUCUUUGUUGACCUUAAACUGCCCUACUCUGUCGUCCGUGGAGAACAGGUUGAAAUCAAGGCAGUCCUCCACAACUACCAAUCAGAUGCUGUCACAGUGCGUGUAGAUCUGCUUGAGGUGGAGGAUGUAUGUAGUUCAGCUUCUAGACGUGGGAAAUAUCGUCAGGAGGUUAAAGUUGGGGCCCAAGCAACACAGGCUGUGCCCUUCGUCAUCAUUCCUACAGGAGUGGGAGAAUAUCGCAUCGAGAUCAAAGCAGCUGUUAAAGAUUCACCACUCAGUGAUGGGAUUGUGAAGUCGUUGCUGGUGGUGCCUGAAGGUUUCCUGAUAAAAUCUUCUCAGAUUGUAACAUUGGAUCCUGAAAAUAAAGGCGAAGAUGGCAAACAAGUGGAAGUUAUCAACAGUGCAAUACCUAAGCUAGAUUUACUUCCAAACACACCUACUAGCACACAGAUUUCUUUGACAGGAAAAGAGUAUGAACACGAGCUGAAGAAUGACAUUGGUGGAGCACCCAUGGGUGGCCUAGUUUACCAGCCCUCAGGCUGUGGAGAAGAAAACAUGAUCCACAUGACCCUGCCUCUCAUUGCAACCACAUAUCUGGACAAAUCCAAACAGUGGGACCCUGUGCACAUUCAAAGACGAUAUGAAGCCCUGCAGCACAUUAGUACUGGUUACCACAAUCAACUUCACUAUCGUAAGAAAGAUGGGUCUUUUGCUAAGGAUUCUGACCACGAAAGCAGCACCUGGCUCACCGCCUAUGUUGUCAAGGUGUUUACCAUGGCAAAAAAUUUGGUGUUCAUUCAAAAGGACGUGAUCUGUGACGCUGUCCAGUUUCUGAUUCUCAAAGCACAGCAAUCAAACGGCAUGUUCAGUGAAAGUGGGAGGGUGUCCAACCGAGAGAUGACGGGUGAUGUGUAUGGCAAAGAUUCAGAUGCCUCCAUUACAGCCUUCUGCCUGAUUGCAAUGCAAGAUUCUCAUUCACUUUGUGCUUCCACAGUUGAUAAUUUGCCUGAGAGUAUACAAAGAGCAGUGUCCUACCUGGAGAAGCGUCUGCCAAGUCUGAUCCACCCAUACGCCAUUGCUAUGGCAUCAUGUGCUCUAGCCAAAGAAGACAAGCUGAACCAGGAGAUCCUCUACACAUUUGCUUCCCCAGACCUCUCUCACUGGCCUGCACCUGGAGGACGAGCUUACACGCUGGAGGCCACAGCGUACAGCCUCAUGGCCCUAGUCAGGGCCAAGGCUUUUAAACAAGCAAAGCCUAUCGUGAGGUGGUUCAACAAGCAACAUAGAUCAGUGGAUGGAGGUUAUGGAUCAACGCAGGCUACUAUGAUGGUGUACCAGGCAGUAGCGGACUAUUGGGCUAAUGCUAACGAAAAUGACUAUGACCUGAUGGUGGACAUCUUGUUGCCUAGCAGAUCAAAGCCUUACAAGUACAACUUCAACAACGACAACCACUACAGCACCAGAACAGCUAAAACCAACAAUAUAAACCAGGAUGUGAAAGUUACAGCAACUGGCACAGGAGAGGCAACACUGACAAUGGUGUCAUUAUAUUACACUCUACCUACAGAGAGGGAAGGUGAUUGUUUCACAUUUAAUAUGUCAGUGGUGCUUAUUCCAGAGAAAAUGGAUGACGAUGAAAAAAUAUACCAGCUGAAAAUAAAGGUUUUAUAUAAGGACAAGGAGCGAGAUGCAGCCAUGACAGUCUUGGAUAUUGGUUUACUAACUGGCUUUACUGUUAACACAAAAGACCUGGACUUGCUAUCUAAAGGUCGUGCUCGUACAAUUUCAAAAUACAAGAUGGACUCCACUGAGUCAGAAAGAGGCUCGCUUAUUAUCUUUUUGGACAAGGUUUCUCACAGACAACCAGAGGAGAUCACCUUUAGGAUCCACCAGAAGCUGAAAGUCGGAGUGUUACAACCAGCUGCUGUGUCUGUCUAUGAACACAACCACCAGCAAAACAAAACCCACUGUGUGAGAUUCUACCACCCAGAGAGGAGAGCUGGAGAGCUGCUGCGACUUUGUAAGGGUGAUGAAUGCACCUGUGCCGAAGAGAACUGCAGUAUGCAAAAGAAAGGCAAAAUCAACAAUGAUGAGCGCACAGCUAAGGUUUGUGAGACUGAGGUCAACAGCAGAAUUGACUUUGUGUACAAAGUGCAUAUGGAAGAGUUUACAGAUGCUUUGUCCACUGAUAUUUACACAAUGCGAGUACUAGAUGUCAUCAAGGAAGGAAGUUCUGAUGUGGGUUCUCAGGGUAAAUUACGCACGUUCCUAAGUUAUCCACACUGCAGAGCAACAUUAAAUCUGGGAGCAGGCAAAAGCUACCUUAUCAUGGGAACAUCCAAAAAUGUUUACACAGAUGACCAGGGUCACAUCCAUCGCUAUGUGUUAGGUGAAAGAAUGUGGAUCGAAUACUGGCCCACAGAUGCAGAGUGUCAAACUGAGAAACACAAUGUGACCUGUUCAGGAAUAGAUGAGAUGGUCCAGAAAUUCACUCUUCAUGGAUGCCAGCACUAAAAGGAGGAGGACCAAAAAAUAUCCAGUGAUAUUUUCAUUAUCAUUGCAUAAUUUGUUAGAUUACAAUAAAAAUACAUUAAAAUCUCAGGGGGCAUCUACUGAACUAAAUUUAGAAAUGUGUCUUAAAUAUGAUUAAAAUUCUAAUCAUGUUUACGUGGGAGGAUAUUUUAAUUGUAAAAUAGCAUUCCUGAUGGAAAUGAAAACAAAUGUAAAAUGUGUACAAUGUGCUGUAACAAUGCAACAAGCUAUUUUUUUAAAUGUCAUUACAAUAUUAAAUACAGUCUGUAUUAAUCACAAUGAAUGUUUAAAUUCAACAUUUUAAUUAAAAUGUAUCUUGUUGCAAGACCAGUAGUGUCUUUUAACAUGGUUAAAUUCAUAAAGAUGAUAGCUGUUAGUGCUAAUUAUGCUACAACUUCAGCUGUUACUACUGGUCUAGUCCAGCUCAUCGGCUGAGAUACAGUAACUUCUAUGUCUGAAAACAAUAAAACAGGAGCAUGGGAAAAAGAAAUCAGUGCCAUGAUAUUAAUAAAGAAUGUAAACACUGCUGCAAAAGUUGUCAUUCCAUUGGAAGAUGGAAUGACAACUUUUGCAGCUUUUGAAGAUGCAUAGGAUUGAGUUAUUAGAGUUAACUCACACGUGGCUAAAGGACACGUGAGGUGUAUAACA